AUGAGAAAAAUAAUAGAAUUUAUUAUUAAAUACAUCAAUAAUGAUAAGGUCAAAUUUAAUCAAGAAGUAGCAAGGCUCUUACAAGCCUUUAUUAUUGAUGGUCACUUAAACGUUCCCCAUGCCAUUGAUCCGGUAACAAUGUACAAUGAAUUGUCAAGUACCAACAGACCUCCUAGAACUAGACUGACGCAUACCCGAGGAGUCUUGCGUGUUACCGUAUCGCAACAAGCACGACAAAUCCAAAUAAACGACUAUAAUGUUAUUAGUAGGGCGACGGACAUGUUGAAGAAAGCCAUGACUUUAAGCGAAAGUGAAGACUAUCAAUAUUUGUCGAGCCAAGUAAAUUUCAUUAUCAAGAGACAAAGCUGA